AAUAUUGUAGAUGAUGUUGCAGAUAUGUAAACACAGUUAUUAUUCAGUGUUCUUCGUGUUAAAGCAGCCUGCCCGCCACAGUCGCGCGGAGGGCAGCGCGAGAUCUCGUUGCCUCCCAGCGGAGCUCGCUCUCUUCUCGCCGCACCACCAACUUGUCACCAAAGAUGGCGAUUUGCUGAGCGCUCAUGGAUACACACAUUUCUCGGCUAGCUGUUAUCUCACCACGAACGCCAACUUUAAAAACAAACUGAGCGCCCCAGCGAGCGACUAUUUCUCCGUUCGAAGCACACCUGACACGCCGUCAGCCGCCGCCAUGCAGAUCACGCUGAAGACGCUGCAGCAGCAGACGAUCCAGAUCGAGAUAGACCCCGAACAAACGGUGAAGGCCUUGAAAGAGAAGAUAGAAGCAGAAAGAGGGAAAGACAACUUUCCCGUAUCCGGGCAGAAGCUGAUAUACGCUGGAAAAAUCCUGCAAGAUGACACACCUAUUAAAGACUACAAAAUCGACGAGAAGAACUUUGUCGUUGUGAUGGUGUCCAAGGCUAAGCCCGCAGCUGCCGCCUCGCCUCCAGCCUCAGAAGCCCCCAAACCCCCCGUACAGGACUCUGGCUCCACGUCAACAGCUGUCCCGGCCACAACCCCGGCUUCAGCCCCAGCCCCAGCCCCAGUCCCAGUCCCAACCCCAGCAGCUGUCCCCAUUCCCUCCGAGGAGGCCAAAGAGGAGCCAAGUGCCGCAGCCACAGAACCACAACAGCCAGCCAGCACCAGUGGCGGGGGUCAGGGCUUGGAUGCCUCCUCAGCACUCGUGACUGGAGCUGAGUAUGAGGCCAUGCUGACAGAGAUCAUGUCUAUGGGCUAUGAAAGGGAGAGAGUGGUGGCUGCACUACGGGCCAGUUUCAACAACCCCCACAGAGCUGUGGAGUACCUCCUCACUGGUAUUCCCAGCAGCCCAGUCCAGGAGAGUAAUCCCCCAGCACCGGCCCCCGCAUCUGGACCCACAGAAGCUCCGGCAUCUCUAGCAGAGGGAGAGAACCCACUUGCAUUCCUGCGGACCCAGCCUCAGUUUCUGCACAUGAGACAGGCCAUCCAGCAGAACCCUGCUCUGCUACCAGCGCUCCUCCAGCAACUAGGCCGAGAGAAUCCUCAACUUCUUCAGCAAAUCAGUCAGCAUCAGGAGCUGUUCAUCCAGAUGUUGAACGAGCCGGUGGGAGAGGGGGCAGACCCGCCAGAGGUUGGAGAGAUGGGGGCAGCAGGGGACGAGGGUGCACCCGUUAACUACAUCCAGGUUACACCUCAGGAGAAGGAAGCCAUCGAAAGGUUAAAAGCGUUGGGUUUCCCUGAGGCUCUGGUGAUCCAGGCCUACUUUGCCUGCGAGAAGAACGAGAACCUGGCAGCCAACUUUCUCCUCAACCAGGGACUGGAAGAUGACUGAACAGCAGAAGAUCACUGCCUUCCUGCUCCUCCCUCCUACACCCCCUCCCCUCUUCAAGCUCAGCAUAAAGACUGCACCCCCCAAUUUACUGUACAGCUACCAACCUCAGCUCAACCCAACAGGAGGGGAGGGGGAGAGAGGAGGAGAGGGGAGGGGAGAGGAGAGGCAGCAGGGGUGGG